AUGGAAGGGUGGCGAGUUCUUUUUGCUUGUUCUCUUUCUUUCUGGCUGUUCCUGGCCCUCACGUGGGGUCGCUGCCGUUGGGCGGGUGAUGACGUCGAUCGAGCCCAACCACAGACAGGCCAGAUCGCGAUAGGCAGAGCCACCGCUCCACCGCUGGAUGGGAGAGGUUUCCACCCUCAAGUCGCUUAUGAAGGACCGCCUGUGGGCCUGAGCAUCAUACGGAGUAGCGAUGGCAAUGUGUACCUCUCACGUGACUGUGUAGAUGGAACUGAUUAUUCUAAUUCUACCACUGAAAGAAUUGCUGCUGCUUUCUGCUGUGGUCGAAAUGCCUGUAUAAAGCAGGGGACUUGUCGAUCUGAUCAAAGGCGAUUCCGAUAUCUGCAGCUGCACAAGAUAAGGACUGGUACACGUACAUUGCACACAAGAAGGCAGUCACUAGAAUGA